AUGGGCUCUGCUGCAUCUAAGCCAGUAAAGUCUGCCGCUGGCGCAGCUGCGCGCCGCCAGUACCCAAAACAAGCCGCUGUCCCGCCGAGGGUACCACCGAGUGGUCCCAAGCCAUCACAAACGCAGCAACCUGCUCCUCCUACGCCUACACCAGCGCCGAGUCAGGCCCCAGGUCCUGUCUCGCAGGGACCGAAAUAUCACUCCAAGGAGCAACCUUCUGGCACCAGGUCAAAUGCAAUUGACCUCGACGGCCGCGACCCCGACUUCGCAGCCUCCCUCCGCCACAUCGGCCCCGUAAACCCCUUCCCAACCCUCUCCAACUCCAGCACCGUCAACCACGGCUACAUGCAGACUGUCUUCCCAACAGCCUCAAACCCAGCCUUACUCGCCGUAACGGCCCGCACGAGAAUUGGAAAGGCUGCACAAGAAGAGCUCGAAGCCCUUGGACGUGGGGACUUUGUCGGAAGACAAUUCCUUGACGCGUUCACUAUCUCGCAGGCGCUUACUAUGCGGGACCAACAGAAGAUGCCGAAGCGGGAGAUUGAGAGGUUGUUGAGGAUGAAGGAAGGUGUUAUGGAUCGGUUAGGGAAGGAUGGGGUUGUUUCGAGGGUUUCUGUCCAAGCUUGA